AUGCCAGAGGAGCGAUUUGCGACGGGGAGCAGCCCUGGUGCACAACACCUGCCUCGUAGGAAUUUAGAGGAGAUUUCCAAGCUUGGGGUUUGGAAAGAGGCAUUUCCACCAAGUUUUCCUUCCUGGAGUUGGGAGUUUGCACCUACGACUUUACAUCUUCUGAUGCUGCCAUCGAUGGACCUUUCUUCACAAUGCCAGUGGAGGGGUGGGGUGGGUGGAUGUGCCCCCUUUUUUCUUGUACCUCCUUUUUCAUAUUUUUUUGGUAGCAAAAUUCCCAGGAGCCCAGAAGGUGUGCAAGUGGAAAGGAUGGUAUCUUCCCCACCCUCCCCCAACCCCUGGCCUGGUCCCGAGUGA